GGCUGCGGGAAUCCCGUCUUUUCUUCUUCUUUUUUUUGGUCGGUAUCCUCCCGGCGAUCGAGGUGCUGCGCGUAUUAAGAAACCCACUUAACCCCAUUGCAACAAACUCCCCCAUUUUUGUUUGACUGGAGUUUUGAUUUGGUUGGGCUUUUCCCACCCACUCUCUCUCUCUCCUUGGAAAUCCCUCUUUGGAGUUGAUUUACUUGUGGUUGCAAACUACCACCCCAGGUUUCCGUCCAACAUCCUUGCGCUGUGGAAGGAAGGAGCCAGAAAGAAGCCGCCGCUUAUCCCUUACCGGGUUGAACGAAGGAAUAUGACAUUAUCUAAGAAAACGUCAAACCAGGACACCUAGCAGAUUAAGGAUUUCUGUUGGAGAAAUCUUUUUCCCCGCCUCUGGAAAUACAUAUAUAAGAAUACCAUUGUUCUAGUGCCUCGCUGUUGUUGGAAUUUGGCAAUUGGAAGACAUGUCCAUUGCACUCAAGCAAGUUUUUAAUAAGGACAAGACGUUCCGUCCCAAACGGAAAUUUGAACCUGGGACCCAGAGGUUUGAGCUUCACAAACGAGCACAAGCCUCACUCAAUUCUGGAGUGGACCUGAAGGCAGCUGUGCAGUUGCCCACUGGAGAAGAUCUAAACGAUUGGGUCGCUGUUCACGUAGUUGACUUUUUCAAUAGGAUCAACCUGAUUUAUGGAACUAUCUGUGAGUUUUGCACAGAUAGAACCUGUCCUAUGAUGUCAGGUGGGCCUAAGUAUGAAUACCGGUGGCAGGAUGAUCUGAAGUACAAGAAACCUACAGCAUUACCAGCACCCCAGUAUAUGAAUCUUUUGAUGGACUGGAUUGAGGUGCAGAUCAACAAUGAGGACAUAUUUCCAACUAGUGUAGGUGUACCAUUCCCCAAAAACUUCCUCCAGAUCUGCAAAAAGAUCCUGUGCAGGCUAUUUCGGGUGUUUGUACACGUUUACAUUCAUCACUUUGACCGCAUCAUAAUCAUGGGAGCUGAGGCCCACGUCAAUACCUGUUACAAGCACUUUUAUUAUUUUGUCACAGAGCUCAACCUCAUAGACCGUAAGGAACUAGAACCUUUGAAAGAGAUGACAACCCGGAUGUGUCACUGAAGAACUGUAGCUGUAUGGAGGAGAGAAAAAGAAAAGAAGAAGCAAUAUCCUGCUAACUGAAGAAAAGCUAGAAGAUAUAUCAGUCCUGUGUAGGCCAGGGCUUGCCUUCUUAUUCUUAAACAGCAGGAAAGUUAGAAACAGAAGAUUAUUGCUUUCACACACACUUGGCACCAAUAAGUACAUUAACCACGUUGCUAAGUACUCCCCUGGAACAUUGUUGAUAACCUGUAAAGGAAGAAAGGAAGAAAAAAAAAGCUAUUUUAAAAUUAUUAUUUGCAUAGACCUUGAGUGAUUGAGAAGGAGUUCCAAAUCAAUCCCAACUUCCUGUUCUUACAACUUUACUACAGUUGUGCUUUCUAACCUUCAUUUUGAUACUGACCUUAAGUCACUAAACUGUGAUGGUAUUAUUGCACAGGCAGCCUAUAUGAUAAGCCUUAGAGAUAGUGUGUUCCUUUUCAUUUCUUCAAAUAGGGAUAGGAAAUAAGUCACUUGGUGCUUAAAAAUGUUGAAUGUGUAUUUGACCAAGGCCUGAAACAUCUAUUUUAGAAUAUAGGCAGGGAAGAAGUUAAUGACCCAGUUGAAUGGACAAAACGUUUUUUUUUCUAUUUAUAACUGGCAUGGCUGCUUACCCAGAUAGUGGCUUUUGAAACACUUCCAACUGUCCAUAUGCAUCUCAUUGGUUUUCUUUACAGCUGUCUACAUGGACUGCCAUAUGAGGUUACCAGUUUGCAUCUUAGCAGCAAGAACCACAAUGCCCAAAUCCUUGGGAUCACUAAUAAAAGCAGUCCCUUUGACAGUGAGUUCUAACAUAACUGGCUGCUCAUGCGAAGGACACAUCUGUUUUCCAGGCACACGCAAUAUAAAAAGUCAUGUUCCAUCUUUGCAUUUGCGUGAAUGAUGACCGAGACAAAAAUCCAUUGAUGUGCAGGCCAAACAAUUUGUAUUCUUAUUUGGAAAAAAGGAGUGAUUUGCAUCUCUGCCCAAAUAUAUUUGUGUGCACAAAAACAAGAGGAAGAUGGCUCAGGGAGAAUCCGGAAGAGAAAAACCUCCAUGUAAUGGAAAAAGGCCAGGUAGUACAAGAAAUAAAAAGUCCCAUCUAUUGACCCAAAAAGCAUUUACUUAGAUUCAUUUCCUAGACUUAUUGAAACUAGAAUGACUGCAGGGCUCUUCAAAGUGCUAAGUUCAAUGUGCAAAUACACAGAGCAAGUAAAACCACUAGACUUUGUAUUUCAUAUUGUGAUUAUAUCUAUGCAGCUUUCUAGACUGUCUUUUUAUGUUUUUCCACAUUUCCUGGUAAAUACACUGAACUACCACUGUGCCUCAAUUAAUAUGUCUUUUACUUAAUUGCUUUUCUUUUUGACAAUUUUUGUACCUAUCCAGAAAUUGAUGAACUGGUGUGAUUAUAAAUGGUGUAAAUCCAGAGCUGGUAUAAACAUGUACAAUUAAGAUCGUUUUUAAAACAUUGGAACUGUAAAACACUUUCUUGGAGAUUAUUCAUAAUCAAUGCACUUGUGAGAGAUCUGUAGUCUAUGAAUUGUACAUACAGAUAAUUGGAAUACACACACAUACACAGUAAGGGCUUCUCAUUGCUUCCUAGUUAUUUUUUGUUUUUCUCUUAAUUUGAAAAACAAACAUAUUGUUAAGCAAAAAUGAUUAUUAGGAUGAAAAUGGAAUUAGAAAUUCUAGUUUUAUUUCUUUCAAUAUGUGAUAAAAAUUCUUCCACAACUUAAUAAAUAGCAAAUUGUCCAAUAGGAUAUUCCAAAAUUAAUAUUGGUGAUUUCAAUGAACUGCCGAAAAAUAUCCAUAACUAAAUCAUUAAAGAGCUUUUACUGAUGAAGUUUUAAUCUUCUUUAAGAAGAUAAGAAGAUAAGGGGAACAAUAGUGUAUUUGUGUGGUACAUUUUCUCUAAUUUAAUGUUAUAAUUUUAGAGUUGUUUCUAGAAUUUAGAGUUUAUAUGUCUUCUUUCAGGCCUCGACAUUUUUGCUGACCCUAUGCAAUCUGUUCUUCCUGAGCUGUUCCAAAAUCAAUAUUAGAACAUAAUAAUAAAUAAGAUUUAUAAAUGUAGGUAAAUUAUUUGAGUGUAUUAGCCACAAAUAAUAAUAUAACUGAAUGAUGCUGGUGAUUGAUUUACAAGAAUUUGUAAGAAUUUAUUUUUUUUAUAUUGAUAUGUUCUUACAAGAAUUUAACACCAACUUUAACAUGAAUCUGAACCAGGACUUCAAGGUAAUUUAUAUCGAAUUACAAAUUCUAGCAUCCAGGAUUGGUUCAUUUUAGUGAUGUAUCCUAAAUUAAGAUACAAAAUAAGCUACCUUAAAGUCAGGGAAAUUUUUUCUUGAGUGCCACACGUGUGCUCAGCGGCAAAGAAUAAAUGAACCGCCUUCUGAAAUACAUGCUAGUCUAAAUUGGUUCUUUUUUGCUUGUGUUAUGUUUUACUUUCUCCCUUUAUGUCUAUCCAUUUUUUGUUUCAAAUUCUGAAGUUACAGAAUUCUUCUGCUCUUUGCUGUAAUAUCACAGAAUCAGUUUCCCUGUGAUGAGUUCAAAAGAAAUUUAUAGCAAGGGUGCUUCCACUAUUAUUCUAUAUGUAGUUUUUAUAAAACAUGGAGACCAAUAUAUCCAGUCUUUUUAAUGUUUGGUUGUGUUUUGUUUGGGUUUUUUGCUAUAUCAAGAACCUUUAAGUUGGAUACCUUAGGGAUUGCUUCUCCUUAUCUGGGACUUAACAGUAACUUAAUAAUAGUUUCAGUAGAUUAUUUUGAAGAAAUUAAACAAGAGGAGCUAAUAUAGAGAUCAGAACCACAUUCUGUUUGAUGGAGGAAUAGGGCGAUUACAGUUAAAUGAAGCAAUAACCAACAGAUCUGUGUUAAUCACAGAUUGACCAAACUCUAAAUCCUUACUCAGAAGACGCAAAGAACACAGUUUGACUUCUGUAAUUUGAAGAGACAGAGAAAUACGUGUGCUUGAAACUGGAAAUGUAUUUUCAAAUAAAACAAAAAUCAGGGUUCAAGCCACUCACCCCAAUAGUUCAGAGCUUUGCCUAUCUUACAUAGAAUGAGAUAAAACUGAUGAAUCUCAUCUGAGAGAUCUAAACUAAGCUAAAUUUAAGCUCUGUCAUCCUGAGGUGUCCCUCAGACAAUGUUGCAUUACAAUUGUCAAAAGAACCAUAUUUUUGGGAGUUGCAAUCCAAACACUUGAGAGUACCAGAUGUGGGCACAGCUAGUAUGGAAGAAAACAAUCCAGCAGAUGGCAUAAUUAAAUGAAAACUAGUUAAGAGUUAUCAUAGUCAGUGAAAGGUGCGAACAUGGGCAAUAGGCUGGAUUUAUUAUAUAUAUAUAGGAAUCUGUAGUGAAUCACACACAUUUGAAAACAGCCUAACAUUGACUGCAUACAUUUCCAGCAAAAGCUAAUUUUCCACAUAUAGUAAUAAAGAGAAAAGUGUUUCAUCAAAAUUAGUUGAUGACAAGUAAAUCAUGAAGCUAUUUUGAAAUAUCAAACACAGACAAAAAUGUAGUAUGUGUAGGCUUAACUACCUGUAAGUCUAGCUCAACAAAACCAAAAAUACAUUUUUUCUGCUGUUCAAAUAUUUCUAUUUUGAGAGAAACACAAUUUUAUACUGCAAGAGGUUUUUUUAAAUGCAGUUAAGCUUUUUGUCUGAUCUGGGAUGGUGUGGGGGUUGGGAGGAAGAUUUCCCAGCUAGUUUGGAGAGAACCUGUGAAUUUAUUUCCAAGUGUUUAAUGUAAACUCUUGUUUUCAGUAUUGCAUAAUUAAACUUUUUACUUUGGCCACAUACAUUGAAUUCAAAAAUACAGGCCUUAGAAAUGUCAAAGCCAAUACAUUUAUAGAAUAAGUUAUGUGUAUGUGAUUUAAAUUUAAAAAUCAACUGUUUGAUGAGAUUUGUGGUGUCAGUGAAAUAAAAUGAGUUUUCAAAUGGGUUAAUAA